GUGUGUAGAGAGCUCAGCAAAAUCUACUUUUAGGGAAUUAACUUAAUUUAGCUGCGAAUUUUCUCGAAUAAAAUGUCAAACCUUUCAUAAUACCUAAGCCUAUUUUUCAUCAAAUAACCGAUUAGUUUCAGUUAUAAAGUUGGAUUUAAGACCCAAUGUAAUUAAACAUUGACUUAGCCUAGGCCUCAACUUUAUCAGGUUUAAAUCAUUCAAACUUGAACUUAAUAGACUUGUAAAUUAAAAAUGAUUGUAAAGGAAGCGAAGCUAAGUCUCUUUUGUUUUAUAUCUCCUACAAUAUUGCCGGUAUUGUCAUUAAUAACUCCACACUUUAGACUAGACUUAUUGCAUAUCGAUGUUUACAGCAUCAUAUGGUUGAUCUAUUUAACCAACAUUGUAUUUAUGAAUCUCAUAGUUUUUGUUCUGUUCAGUGGAUAUCUGUACCAGGUUGCAGUGAGAGCUACUUUUCUAGGCUCAGUCUUUACUGGAGGGCUGCUAGUGGCAUUCCUGCUACCAAACCCUUGGAUCCCUUAUGGAUGGUACAUGUGUGUCAUGGCAUUCUUCCAUUACUCAGAAUUCCUAACAAUCGCUCUCACUAAUCCAAGGACAUUGACUAUCGAUUCUUUCAUUUUGAAUCACAGCAAUGAGUAUAUGAUUGCCGCUGUGUCUAGCUGGGUUGAAUUUUUCACUGAAGCAUACUUCUUCCCUGAGUUGAAAACGCUGAGGCUCGUGUCGUAUGUCGGUCUCAGUCUAUGCAUAGGAGGCGAGUGUCUACGUAAGUGUGCGAUGUGGACGGCCCGUACCAACUUCAAUCAUGUGGUCCAGAGUGUACGCCAUAACGACCAUCAGUUGGUGACUCACGGUAUUUACAGCGUCUGCCGUCACCCUAGCUACGUCGGCUGGUUCUACUGGUCGAUGGGCACUCAGAUGAUCCUGGUUAACCCGUUGUGUUUCGUGGCUUACAUUCUGGCCAGCUGGAAGUUUUUCCACGACCGAAUAAUGGUUGAGGAAAUCACGUUGAUAAACUUCUUCGGAGAACAAUACCUCGACUAUCAGAAGAAAGUUUCAACCGGGCUUCCGUUCAUUAGAGGUACAAGAAGGGUUACGCAGCAACUCGGAACUGUAGAAGAUCAGGGUGAAAUGUUAAGUCGAGUCCCCCAAGUGUCAUAAUCCAACUCGGGAUGUGCCUGAGGGUAUCGUCUAGCAGAGUGAGGUAGGGUUGGGUCGGCCAGCCCAGCCGCAGAAUGGCUCACUGCGAAUGACGAUCGUCUCACGCUGCAAGAAUCACACUUCCGGCCAUCCGAGGCAGAAGUUUAACAUCAUCCAAGAAAGCUAUGCUGUUUAUAAGUUUGGAAUCAUUCCUUCUUCCUCUUUUGGUUUCCGUUUAAAAUUUCAUUCUGAAAAUAUUUGUUGAAUUUCAGCUGCUUAUACAGUAGGCCUGUAACUCCAAUUGUCCGAACGCCCAUUUUUGAAUUGCAGAUUAUCCAAAUCGCAUACAGAAAGAAUUUGAAAAUACCCCUUUGCAGCAAACCUGCAUACGAGUAGAAAAUUUAAAGUACGAGCAUUGGCAAGUUCCUUAAAAACUUCUACAAAAGUCGUUUACACUAUUUACGCGAGUUGCGUACACUACUUUACCUACGACGGUGUUUUAAUUACUAAAAAUCACUACUCACAACUUCUAAGAGAGGUUAUGUUUUUUGUUUAUAACCUCUAAUUGCCACUGACAGUGAUGCAACGAAUCAUUGUAUCAAAUACUAUUUGCACCAAUCAACAAUUAAAUUGGCCUGAACAGCUGAUUAGUUGAAUUUCGAAUCAUUACAAUUUUGCUUCUCCUCUCUCAAUCCUUAAACCUCAUAGGUCAGUUACCCGUGUUGUUAUGAAAAAACUAUGCUGUUAUGAAAGUAAACAAUGCUGUUAUGAGAUACUUUUCAAUUCUAAGAACUGUACUGAAACGGCUUCUUGAAAAAACGGUCGUAGGUAAAAUAUAUUUAGGCAUAAAAUUACCUUGGAUAACAGGGGCUCUGAAAAUUAGAGUGAACUGUUUCCAUAUUUUAUGUCUCCAUCCUCAAUCAUACUCCAACAAGAAUUACACUCAAGUAGAGGCUUUUUUGACCAUGUUCGGUUUCAGUAAAACUGGUUACAGCUGGUCCAUAUAGAUGAAGUCAGUUUAUCCUAGCAUUACAUACAAUGAUCUCGGAUAAGCAGGGCUUGUAAAAUGGAGAGUGUAGGUCUAAUGUAUUGCAUCUUUUAUGUCUCUAUCGUCUAUCAUGCUCCGACAAGAACUCAUUUUAACCAUGUUCGGUUUCAGUAUAACUGGUUACAGCUGGUCCAUAGGUGAAGUCAGUUUAUCCUAGCAUUACUGUAACGUGAAGAUAGUUUGCUGAUUUUGUGAAAAUCUUGUCAUACUGCUGACCUAGCUAAUAUUCCUGAGUAAAUGAGUAGCCAAUUCAUUUCUCUAUGUUGUCAAACAAUAUGUUUUAGACUCUAUCCAGUGUAGCAAAUCCAAAUGUGAUACUUGUUGACCAAAAAUAGAACAGAGGGUAGAAAUAAAACAUCUCUUACGAAUUGUUAUGUUAUUUACAAGUUAACAGAUGAUACAUGUAUAAAUAUUUGUAUAAAGUAACAAUACA